GUCCAACUUGGUCACAUACUGUCUGUGCAGGCUUGGAAUGAUACCAUGUAAUCGACCUUGACAUGCAGAUAGAAGAGUCAAUGUCCACACAGUGACAGACGCGUCCAUGAGUGCCCGAGGCGCGUCGACAAUAUUGUCCACGUGACCGCGUCCUGCCGCUGCCUGCCGCGACGUCGCCCGUAUCUGCCUCGGCGAGCAUGGGGCUCUCCUGAGUCUCAGGCUCAUCCAGGGCGCGAGCACACGAACUCUGGCCUUAUCAGCAUGCACGCUCUCUUGCCUCCGCCCACCCUCGAACGAUGCACAUACGCCCACCUGCCACACAGCAGAGUGAGCAACCCACCGCCAGCAGACCCAGAGCUCGAGGACUUGAACACACCAUGAAGAUAUACGCUGGAAAGCUCUACGAUCCGUACACUCUCGAGCUGCUCCCGAGGCGGGUGAUCACAACGUCGGCGGAGUCGGGCCUCGUGCUUGACGUGGAGACGUACGACGCUGCGGACGAGGCGAGCGUGGAUUUCGCGGACCCGGCGGUGGUCGACCUCAGGGAGGCGACCGUGUUGCCCGGGUUCGUGGACGCGCAUAUACACCUCUUUCUGCAUGCAUACUCGGAAGUGUCCUGGGAGGACCAGGUGACGAAGCAGAGCGCACCCGAGCGGAUCGUCCGCGCGACGCUGCACGCACGGCGAACCUUGAUGGCAGGCUACACUGCAGUGCGAGACCUCGGUACGGAAGGGAUGGACGACGCGGACAUCCAGCUGCGCAGGCUCAUGUCUGGCCCCAGCCCAAUGAUCCCGGGGCCACGCUAUUUUUGCUCAAACCGGGCGUUGACGACCACAAACACUUACGGCCCGAAGAACAAGACGCAUUUCAAUCGGGACGGCGUAGAGGGUGUCACGGGAGCCGAGGUGGUCGACGGCGAAGUCGAGUGCAUUAAGGCGGUAAGGAGACAAAUCGGCGGAGGUGCAGACUGGAUCAAGGUCUAUGCCGACUACCGUCCACGCUCGCGGAUGGUCGAUGUUUCUACGCCGGCAGCGCAGGCGGACAUCGCCACCUUCAACAGAAGGGAGCUAGAUGCUAUUGUCGCUACGGCUCACCAACUCGGCGUCAAGGUGGCCGCCCAUUCGGCCCAUUGGAAUAUGAACGGCACCGCGAUAGCAAGCGGGCCUGGCUUUCACACAGUGGAACACGGCUACGACAUGUUGUUCGACAGGCCGGACGCCAAACAUCUGCGGGUUUACAGGGGCGACAUGCCGGGCAUCAAGACGUACUGGGUGCCGACCCUGGCUGCGUACUAUUCCAUGUCCAAGGCGUCUCCCGCGAAGUGGGAGCACUGCAAGCGUGUCUUCAAACAUGCGCUGGACCGCGGAGUUGAGGACAUCGCCUGCGGCGGAGACACGGGCGUGUUCAAUCACGGAGAGAACGCACUGGAGAUGAAGCUAAUGGUGCAGCUAGGCGCGGACUGGCGCAAAGUUCUCCGGUGGGGGACGCUCAACGGUUGGCAUUGUAUACGGAGCAUGGCGUGGGAGGGGGAGGAGGGGACCGACCGCCUGGCGGGAGUGAAAUCACUUUCGGAGGACGUACGGCUGGUUGGCGACAACGAGGUCCCGUUCGGCGCGGUUGAAAGAGGGUUCGCGGCGGAUAUCAUUGCGACGAGCGGGGACUUGGAGAAAGACUUCGAGAAUGCCGUGGACAGUAGCGCUAUUCUUUUUGUGAUGAAGGGUGGGAGGGUGUACAAGCGAGAUGGGAAAGAAGUGGUGUAGUCGCCGUUCCAAAGUGGCACCUGAAGUUGGAACGGCGAUCCUCGUGCCGCAGCCAGGGUAACUGGUAGAAAAUUGUACUGGACAUGGUAACGGCGUAAUGCAUGUUCCGACAUCAACCACAACAGGAAUUGGACUGUCAGGGACAUUGGCAGACGACGACUGUGAGCCAUCGUCUCCCGACUUCCUGGGCUCCGUUUGGAAAAACAGGUCAGCAUGCCGAAACUGCAUGUCCGCCUGCACCAAGCAGCUUGCGGCACUAGCCUCCCCGCCAACUGCGAUGCCAAUGGCUGUGCUCUGCUCCGUCGAUAGUGGUGCCGCAUUACGUAGAGGCAGUCAAUCGGUCGGAGUGGAGACACAGCCU